AUGAAAACACGACAAAAGGCAAGAGAAGACGUCCGUCCAAAGUCCAGCUCCAGAACAGGUCAUGGAACAAUCUUCUUAACAUUUGCUCAUGAACUGAUUGACGAGUACCAUUUCAUCGAGCAGUCCAAAAGCUGGAGUGAGGCUCAGCAGUACUGCAGAGAGCACUUCACUGACCUGGCCACAAUACAGAGAGAGGAGGACCUGAGCAGAGUCCACAUCCCGGCUGGUCAGGUGGCUUGGAUUGGUCUUCAUGAUGACCCUGCUGCUUGGUUUAAAGUCAUGACCAACGCCUCAAACUCCUGGAGAUGGUCUGUCACUGGGGCCACCAGCCCUGGAGGCUUCCAGAACUGGAACACAGCAGAUCCAGAUAAAUGGUCUGGUAAAGAAGCAUGUGUUAUUAUCGCAGAUAGCAAAUGGAUCGACAUUUUAUGCCCUAUCAAUGCACAUUGUCUUUGUUUCAAAGUUCAGGAAGGUGUCAAGCAGUUCAUUCUGGUCAGUAACUAUAGCAGGACAUGGCUCGGCUGCCAGAGCAUGUGCAGACAGAAUUACCAGGACCUGGCUCAGAUCGAGAGUGCAGAGGAGAACCAGGCUGCGAUGACGGCUUCAGCUGGAGUGGCUUAUGCCUGGAUUGGUCUGUACCGAAACAUAUGGCUCUGGUCGGACCUCAGCAACAGCAGCUUCAGGAAUUGGAAACUUGGAUCACCCAACAACAUGGAUAACAAUGAGCACUGUGUCCUCAUGAAUGAAGACGGCCUAAUGGAGGACGACACCUGCUCUGAACCACAAAGCUUUGUCUGUCAUGAAGGUACUCUCAACAUGAUAGGACCAUGGACACUCUUAGGGUUGAGGACACGAGAGUGGAAUGUUUACAUGAGUGUUGAUGCGUCGGCAGAAGAGUAUUGUCCUGACUCAGAGCUCAUGUUUGCAGUGAAACAGAGACGCUCCGUGUUGCAGACACAGAUGAGAAUCCAGACUGACCUGGACCUGAGUGAUGCAGCCGUCUCUGAGCAGCUGCUCAAACUGCUCCAAGAAAGACUCCAGGAGAAAAUCCCUGGGACUGACUUCAAACUGCGAUGGAGCAAGGCACCAGAAAAGAAAGACUCUGCAUAA